GUGGCCUCGGCUGUCAAUUACCGGGUCCCGGCCGAUGAUUACUUGCUGACACCCGGUGAUCGCUGAGUAUUACCAACGGGAGAGAGAACUGUAUGUAAACAAUACAGUUCUCUCCCCUGUUAGUUCCUGCACAUUGCUUUGUAUGGCUCUUCAUAGCAGAGCCAGUGGAAAGCACACACACCGCAUACUGUGAAACAGCACACAGUUAAACCUUUAAUCGCCCCAGAUGUUAACCCCUUCCUGCCCAGUGCCAUUAGUAAAGUGUGAGUGCUUUUUAUUAGCACUGAUCACUGUAUUGGUGUCAAUGGGGAUGUCAAUGACACCAAGUCAGUUCCCCCCAGUGCCAGAAUGCCCACCGCAGGACCGCUAUAAGUCGCUG